CUUAUGGUGUCUUGGGAUAUGACAAAAUGAAACCCUAAAGUAUCAACUGUACAUGAAAAAUAGAUUAUUAUUAUUAUUAUUAUUAUUUUAGAUAGUUUCAAUGUAUAUCGCGUUCUGCCAUGUAAUGUUUAUUUUCUCGUUGAGAAAUAAAAAAAAACCCGAGAUGUAACUGCACAUUGGCAUGUUUGGUUAUCAGGCAGCAUUGGUUAUUUUUGAAGUUGUUAAUUAUCAUUUGAAUUAUUAUGUGUUUAAAUCUGUGGCUUUCUAACAAUACAUAUACAUUAACAGGUGUUAGUGUUGGACUACGAUGCUGAAAUGCUGCUGUGUACAGAUUCUUUUUUUUGUGUGUGUUGAUUUUUUUUUUUUUUUUACUGAUAUCUUGUUUGUAACAUACCGUCAAGCCCAUGAUAAAUUACAUCUGUGCAAUUCAUUUGUUCUUCAGUAACAUGGAGGAGACUAGUCUUCAUGAUCUGGUGCAAAGAGCAGCACACAUCCAUAGUGACAAGAUAGCCGUCUGCUUUGAUGACUGCAGUGGUGAUAUGCCUGUAUAUAAAACCUACAGUGAAGUCAUUAAUGGUGCUCGAGAAUUGACCAACCUUUUAAAUAUUCAAUGUGACAUAAAAAACAGAAGUGUCUUUGGUCUAUAUUGCCAACCUGGAAUAAAUCUUGCAAGUUGGAUUUUGGGUAUUCUCCAGGUACCAGCAGCCUAUCUGCCUGUUGACCCAGAAGCUCCUCCUCAUCUCUCAGCACAUGUUAUGAUGCAGUGUUGUUUGAGAUAUAUUCUGAUUCAGAGUGAUUUUGAUAUGACUAAGAAAUUUCUGAAUUCAUUUUCCACCUGGUUACACUGUGACGCUGUUGUAGUGUUACAGAACCAAAACCUAACCCUUUUGAAGUUGCAGUGGAGAGAAUCACAUAACCUGGGGACAGCAAAUGAACUUCAAGAUAGGAUGACUGAAGGACAACAGCAAGAUACACAAACCAGCAAAGUGGAUUCCUCUGAGCCAUCUGUCUCUGUUGAACAAAUUGACAGCAGAGUUCCAGGGUGUCUAGCCUAUGUCCUGCACACAUCGGGGACAACAGGACUUCUGAAAAUUGUCAGAGUGCCUCACAGCUGUAUCGUGCCAAACAUUUUGCACUUAAGGACUAUGUUUCAGAUCACUCCUGAGGAUGUUUUAUUUAUGGCUUCUCCUUUGACUUUUGACCCUUCUGUUGUUGAAUUGUUUGUCACUUUGUCUUCUGGAGCCUCUUUGUUGAUUAUACCAUCAGUUGUUAAAAUGAUGCCAAAAAAGCUUGCUGCUGCUCUAUUUAAUCAUCACAAAGUUUCAGUCAUGCAGGCUACGCCAACACUAGUCAGACAGUUUGGAACAAGUCUCCUGAAGUCAACAGUACUAUCUGCUAGCACCUCGUUACGGGUCCUAGCUCUGGGUGGGGAGACCUUUCCAACCCUGGCUGUCCUCAGAAACUGGAGAGCAAAGGGGAACAAGACCCAGUUUUUCAACCUCUACGGCAUUACAGAAGUGUCGAGCUGGGCAACCUGUUACAUGAUUCCUGACGACAUUAUUGACAGUACCUCCAGAUCUGAAGAUCCUGUUCCUUUGGGGACACCAUUGCUUGGAACAACAAUGGAAGUUAGAGAUCCAAAUGGGUCCUUGCUCAAACAAGGGGAAGGAAAGGCAUUUAUAGGAGGAAGAGAAAGGCUUUGUUUCAUUGAUAAUGAAGUAACUGUGCCUUACGGAACAAUGCGAGAAACUGGGGAUUGGGUAGCGCUGAAAGACUCUAAUGUAUACUACAUGGGGCGUAAAGACAGCCAUAUCAAACGGCAUGGCAAGCGCCUCAAUCUUGAGACAGUGCAACAGACAGUUGAAAGCCUGAGCACAGUGGAAGCUUGUGCUGUGACUUAUUAUAAAGAACAUAAGUUAAUCCUCUUUGUUGUUUCUGCCUCUCAAUGUGCCAAUGGGGAUAAGGACAUUUUUCUAGAACUUGUGAAAUUUCUGCCUGCUCAUGCCAUGCCAGAUAAACUUGUUGUCGUUGAAUCUUUACCUUUUACAGCUCAUGGUAAAGUGAACAUGAAGGAGUUAGUAAAGGUUUAUGAAAAGCAAAUGGAAGCCCUAAAGUUGCAUAGUGGUCCUCGAGGAAAAGAGGAACUGUGGGCAUGUUUACUGGUUCUUUGGAAGGCUGUUCUCAGCCUCCCAGCAGAUGUCACGAUUCCUCCAGAGUCAGCCUUUCUGUUCAGCGGUGGAGACUCUUUAAAAUCUCUCAGACUUUCUGAAGAAAUUGAGGCAAUGGUUGGGAGGACACUACCUGACCUAAUGGAAGUUAUCCUAAAUGGGUCCUUUUUAGAUCUUUACAAUCAUAUUGCUAAUUUUACAUUCUCUAGUAAAGAUAAAGAAACUUCUGACAUAAAUAUGAAAGAGAAAUUUCCUUAUGUAGAAGUUCAAAACAGGACUGUGACGCAUAGUUACAAAGAGAAAGCUGUGAGCUUUACUUCUAUGAGCAGAGGAGGUCUGAUUUUCAAAACAGAUGUAGAUGUUCCUAACAACAGAAACUCUAUAGCGUAUAAACACGUACAAACUCGAGGACAUUCUGACAUCACACAUCAGCAUGUUAAUAAGGCACCCGCAGGCUCAGCGGUCUAUCAGGUGGGGAGCGCUGAUCCCCUUUGUCCUGCCAAGGGUCCUUUAGCAGGGGACGGGGGGUUAAUGCUGAAGAUGAGAUGGAAGUCAGACACGGGGAAGUGUGUCGAUGCAUCCCCGCUUCUGAUAUCUGCUGCUGGGGAAGCUUCUGUCACAGUCUACAUUGGAUCACACUCUCACAGGAUGCAGGCAAUUGACUUGUUCUCAGGAAUGAUAAAGUGGGAGCGUGUUCUUGGAGAUAGGAUUGAGUCUUCAGCUACAGUGACCAAAUGUGGAAACUUUAUUGUUGUUGGUUGUUAUGAUAGUUUGGUAUAUGUUCUAAGAGCAAGUGAUGGAAAAACCUACUGGACAUUUAGCACUGGCAACUCGGUUAAAAGCUGUGCAACUGUGGAUCCUGAAUCUGGGUUGGUGUUUAUUGGAUCACAUGACCAUCAUACCUAUGCAUUAGACAUAGAGACAAAGCAGUGUGUUUGGAAGCGACACUGUGGUGGAGGUGCAGUCUUCUCUUCUCCAUUUCUGAACUCCUCACCACGGCAGCUGUACAUAGCAACACUAGGUUCACAGCUGCUAGCAGUAAACCCAGACAAUGGGGACAUUCUCUGGAAACAUUCCAGCGACAAGCCUUUCUUCUCUUCCCCUCAGUGCACUCAGAGGGCUGUUUUCAUUGGCUCUGUUGAUGGGAAUGUCUAUUGUUUCAGCCAUACUGGCAAAAAGCUUUGGCAGUUUUCCACCAAUGGACCAAUAUUCUCAUCUCCAUGCAUCAACAAUUCCUCUUUAGCUGAUCAAAAACUGGUGUGUGGAUCGCAUGACAAUUAUGUUUACUGCUUAAGAGCUGGCAGUGAAUUGCUGUGGAAGUUUAAAACUAGUGCACAAGUUUACUCAACCCCGUUCAUUUUCAGUGACCAUCAUGCAGGCAGUAGAUUACUGGUGGCAGUGACGUCAACAGAUGGGAAAUUGUGGAUUCUCGAUUACGAGAGUGGGGUGUUGAAAACAUCUUAUUCAUUUCCAGGAGAGACUUUUUCUUCCCCAGUUGUAUGGGGAAGAACCUUGAUUGUUGGCUGCAGAAAUAAUUUUGUUUACUGUCUGGAACUGUCUGGAACUGAUUAAGAAGAACAGAUGGCAAGCUACAUUGGUUGUCUUAGGUGUAUCUUAAAUCCAGCAUACACAGUAAGACAUGCCUGUGUUGUCACCUGCCUUGACCAGUCAGUAAACCCAGGAAAGGAUCUGUGAUUUUUACCAGAACACAUUGAAUAAACACCUAAGUCAACACAAAUGACUUUUUGGUGACAGGUUCAUUCAGGGUUCACUGUCUAUGGGGCAAGCUGUACACAGUGGAAAAAUCAAUUCACUUUUCGCUGAUCCUAUAGUACCAUAUGGUUGUCUGGUGCCAGAUGUAAACCCCACUGUGUCUGCAGUAGUGUUUUUGAAGAUAGCAGAUGGAACCAACAGUCACUUACUCUGUAGCAUCCAUAUGUGUAGGAAAGGGUAUGCAUACUGACAGUGAAUGCUGGGAACAAAUCCACGUUCAGCCAAUGCAAACACUCUGGGAUUUCAGUUCAGUUAACUAGAUUUAUGGUCUGGAGUUUCUAUCACCUUAAUUGAUGACUUAUACUAACUUUAUGUCUUUCUUAUGACUUAUUUGUCAACUUGUUGGGUUUGUUCAUAUGGAACCAGACACAAUCUAAGUUAAAGUCAUGCGGUUACAUAUCCAUGCUUUAGUUUAUACUGGAACUGAAUACACAGUACAUAUUCAGAUUUAUUUCUCAAUUAUGGUGUAACUUUUACAUUUCUGGGGGAACUGGUUUAUUUCUAGUAAAAAUGAAUAUAUCCAAAAUCAAUAAAGAAAAAAAAAACAUAUGCAGCUAUUGUGUGUCUAAUAUUCAUUAAUGUAUCAGAACAAUCUGUUUAUAAUAUAUAAGCAUAACUAUAUUCAGAAAAUGAAGAUGCUGACUGUAAUUACUUUAAAAUGCAUGAGUAAUAACCCCUUUGAUUUUAACAAAGAUAAUUUACAAUUUAUAUCCUAAUCAUUAAAAUGAUGUUCAUAUUUAAUGAAAUCCCAAUUGCACAACAUACUGUAACCAUAGCAUCAAUUAUUUAAAUGUGUUUUACUUGUUAAUUUAGAUUUAUUAUUCACAUAAAGGUUGAAAAAUAUUUUGAGUUUCACUGUAAACUGUUAACUAUUGCAAAACACUGCUCCAGACCUUAAUUACUUCACAAGUUUGUUCUCUGCAUAAUUGUGUAACUGCAUUAAUAAACGUGAAGUCAGUGAUAUAUGUAAAAUGAUUAU